GCUCUGCUCCUCCUCAAAGAGAGAGCAGAUGAAUUAAUCAUCAGGGACGAGUCUGGGAGAACCAAAAUAACGAGCCAGCAACCAAAUCACGAGGUAGAAAAGAUUUUAAACCGACAGAGAGGCUUUCCAUCUUCAACAACAGGGCACUGUCGUCAUGGAGUUUGGGCGUUUUGCAGCCGAAGAUGAAGACGACGAAGAUGCGGAUACACAGUUCAUGAUCGAGCAGAGUCUGCUAGAGAGCAACAAAUCAAAAGAAACCCAACGAGACUCCACAACAACACAGAGAGACAACAAGAGCUCGGGUCCAGAGUCUGCACACAGCAGCGAGAUCGUCACGGCGAUCAGACAAGGAAACGAGAAGCUGUUAAAAGAUCUGAGUGUCCGACAGAAGGAAAUGUUUUCCCAAACAGACAGCCGAGGAUGGACUCCUCUUCAUGAAGCCGCGGCUCAGAGCAACCAAACCGUCCUGGAGAUCACAUUCAAAGCUUCAGGUCCAGACUCGGUGAAGACUCGUUCUGCCUGCGGUCAGACUCCUUUCUUUGUGGCUGUAGAACGAGGUCUGAUAGAAAACGCCUCCUUCCUCCUCCAACAUGGAGCUGAUCCGGACUGCCAGGACCAAGAACUAGACUCUCCGAUGUUUGUGGCGCUCCGCUCAGGCCGCACUGACCUGGUGAAGCUGCUGCUCCACCUGGGCUCCAGGGUGAACCAGCAGAGCUGCAACGGCCGCCGUCCGCUCCACGAGGCCGCUCGUCUGGGGAACUUGGCGCUGGUGAAGCUGCUGUUGGAGGCCGGAGCUACGCCGGACCCUCGCAGCCACUACGGGCUCACACCGCUGGCUCUGGCCGCUCAGGGAGGACACCUGGAGGUGGUGAAGACUCUGCUGAAGAGAGGUGCAGACGUUCUGUCCCAGGCUCACGACGAGGCGUCCAUCCUGUACGAGGCGUGCUCAUGUGGAGAUCCUUCAGUCAUCAGUCUGCUGCUCCAGUACGGAGCCGACGCCAACGUGGCCAAACACACGGGACACAUGCCGAUCCACAGAUUGGCACACAGAGGACACCUGGAAGCUCUGAAGCUGCUGAUUCCGGUCACUUCUAUGUCUGAGGUUAACGACAACGGGAUGAGUCCUCUACACUCUGCUGCUGCAGGAGGACAAACACACUGCCUCAAGGUCUUGCUGGAUGCAGGUUAUGACCCAAACUUCAUGCUCCCGCCCUGGGUUCGUCGCAGCUUUGACGAUGAGAGGAGGUCCGCGCUCUUCUUUGCCGUCUCCAAUAACGACGUGCCAUCAGCGAAGGUGCUGCUGGAGGGCGGAGCUAUGGCCAACCAAGACCCAAUCAAAUGUUUGCAGGUUGCUCUGCGUUCGGGCAACUACGAGUUGAUCAACCUGCUGCUGAGGUUUGGAGCCAACGUCAACUAUUACUGCAAAGUGAACACAACACACUUCCCCUCCGCCCUGCAGUACGCGCUCAAAGACGAGAUGUUGCUCAGGAUGCUGUGUAACUUUGGUUAUGAUGUCAAACGUUGCUUUGACUGUCCCUACGGCAACAACUCUCACAUCCCUGAAGGCUACGAGGGCUGGAGCGACUGCGUCAUCAAAGACACUUUGUUCUGUGAGGUAAUCACCGUCUACUGGCUCAAAGACCUCUCGGGUCAUUUGGUCCUCAUCCUGCUGGACUACAUGGAUCAUGUGACUCUGUGCUCCAAGCUGAAGGCGGCUGUGAUGGAGCAGCAGCAGUGGCCCGACAUCUGCAGGCUGCAAGAGAACGCCCGCUGUCUGAAGCAUCUCUGUCGUCUGAGGAUCCGUCAGUGUCUCGGCCGCCUUCGGCUCCGGUCUCCUGUCUUCAUGAGCUUCCUGCCGUUGCCGGGGCGACUGAAGGACUACAUCCAGUACAAAGAGUACGACCUUUAUGGUCAGCAGAGCAGCACGCCGGGAUGACGCAGGAGUGAGAUAUUACUCUAUUUUUAGUCAAAAACCAUCAGAUAUAUUUACCAUCUUAUGAUUACGCAUCAACAGAAGAGCUUUGACACACUGAAAUAUAUAACAAAAUAAAGGACUUAACUGAUAUUUAUGAGAAAAGAAGGUCAUAGAAUUAAAGGAAAUAGUCCUUAUUUGGUAAAUGGAAAAAGCCUCUAGAAGUAUUUCACAACUCUGAUUUGAAUUCUCCAUCCGUAUCACAAGUAAUUGCAAUAAGUGAUGUUUGUAAGCAGUCAACUUUUAAGGACUUGCCUGGAUCCUUUUGGUCUUAUAAAGUCCCUGCCUUCUUUUGUUUAAAAAAACACCUUAUAUUGAUAAA